AUGGUGCAAGUUCCACGUGCCUUCGACCUUGGGUUAAAUGGUUGUUCUCCAAUCCUCAACCUUCAUCUGGGCAAAGUUCUCAUCUCGCAAAACCAUCGAGGCUUGCAAGACACCUUUGAGUUGAACUUUGCACCCCUAACUUUCAAGUUGAACGACAAACGCUUAAUCAUCAGGCCCGCUCCCGGUACUGCGCGAAGUGGCAAAAUAUGGCGAGCACCGUGUUCAACGAGAUAUCGAGCCACUGAACGUCCUAGGUCACCAAGACUAUUGCAGGAGCUCAUCGACGCAGCAAAGGAGAUCCUUACUCACGAUAACGCACUAUUCAUCAUAGAUGAAGCGUAUGGUACUGGAAUUCUUGGACCAAAAGGAUUGGGCCUCGUCUGCGAGCUCGGUCUUGAGAAGGAAGUAGGCAUCCGCCUGCACACAUUCCCCAAAGCCUUGGACUCUACUGGAUCGGCCAUUCUUGCUAAUGAAACGGUUCAAAUGAUGCUCAUGAACAACGCACAAAGUCUUUUAAUCACUGGCGUUCCAUCUUUCCCUAUGCUUGCCUCGAUCCGAGCAGCCUACCGACUCGUUCGAAGUGCAUCCACGAUUGAAGUUCAACACUUCGUUAAGCUUUUCUUGACAACGAUUCGAUCCCACCCGGUUUGGGAGCGCGCCAGCAGCUUGGGCAUUCUCCGUAUUCCCCUUCAUGAGGGCGACGAUGACCCUGAUCUUGUCACCCAAAUCCUCCCUAUCUGGACACGUGCAAAGCACAAUCUUUACUUGGCAUUUCAUGUUAACCAGGCCAAUUUCUCGGGCUACCCGGUCGUUUUUCCAGUGGUGCCCAAGGGGCAGGAGUGA